CUCCAAAAAUAUAAACCCCACCUUUAACUCUACUCUUAAAAACUUUGCAGACAUUACAGACACAGGACAAUGUCGGAUGUCUGUGCAUCUGUGUAAGGUUUGUAAAUGAGUGGAGUUAAAAGUGGAGUUUAUAUUUUGGGAUUAAUAUAGCAUUUUUCAUAUAGCACCGGCAAUGGCGAUAAUCCAGGUGAGUAGCAUCAAGACCAUUGCAUCAAUGGGGAAGAACCCCUAGUUUGGUCGGCCACGAACAUUGUGUCCAUGGAUGAGGAAAUCCUAGUUGUAUUUGGCACUAGUCUAGAUCGGGUCUUCCAGGGAGAAGAAAAAACGUUGUGCUCCUCUAAUAGGCGUUUCACCUACUAAUUGGACAGACUAAGGAUCGGGGAAAAGGAAAUUAUCACAUACGAGGGUUUCUGAUACACCCAAUGACGGCAGCAAAGGGGAGGAGCAGACUCCAGUCGUGAACAACGAAGGCAGGCUUGCAUGGGACGACGACGAGGCACCAGGGACAGCAACGGAAGGGGACGACAGGAGCGGAGAGCUACAAGAGGGGACACACUCGAAGUCUUCCUACCCGAUACACAUCUGUAUCAUUGUGCUUUCAUUGAGAAGAUACCCACCAUGGCAGAGGAGUCAUCAACUACGGGGGAACUUGAAACCAGGGUGGGCGAGUUGGGCAACUCGAUGGUCCAGAUGCAGCGAGAUUUGGAGUUCCGAUUUACUCGUCUCGAUGCAGCCCUCACGACGAUCCAAGCAAACCUCACGGCUUUACAGACCAGGGCGGGCAACAGGGAAGGCCGCCAGUUUGAUCGCCACGAGCCGCCACGGCAGGGAACACCCAAACCGAAGUUGGAGCCGCCCAAAAGUGACGGAUCAGAACCCCUACGGUGGUUAUAUCAAGUCAAGGAGUACUUCUCCUACUACGAAACACCACCCGAGGAACGACUACGGUGUGUUACUCUCAUGUUAGAAGGUCCAGCGGCAGAUUGGUUCCGGUGGAGGAUGAACAAUGGUCUCAUCAACGACUGGGAGGAUUUCUUGACGAAGUUUAAGCUUCGAUUCGACCCGAUGCAUUACGUUGAUUAUUUGGCUCAACUAUCACGAGUACGGCAGAUUGGGGGUGUUAUGGACUACCAGGCAGCUUUUGAGAGAAUCCUCACCCAUGUGACCGACGUGCCGGAGCCGCACCUGCAAUCUUUGUUUCACGCCGGGAUCAAAUCUCACUUGCAACACGAGAUAAGCCUCUUGAAACCUGUAACCUUGUCGGAGUCAUUCGCCAUGGCUCGAGAAUUGGAAGCGAAGCACAACGCCAUAGUACAAUCGGUGAGCAACCGGGGAGGAUCCGUUAACCCUAGUGGCAGCCGCGGUUUCCUUCCAGUAGGGCGUACGUCACAGGGCGGGAGUGUCAACAACGCUGCCAAACCAUCCAUACUGGGCAGCGGUCCUACGUCAAGUACUCACAGCCGGGAAUCUACUGCUUCUACUCCGAUUCGCUUACUCACACGAGCGGAGAAAUUAGAAAAAGACGCCAAGGGACUUUGCUACAAUUGUGACAAAAAAUGGAGCCGAGACCAUAAAUGCGGUCGCUUUGUGUUGAUGAUGGGCGAAGAAGAAGAAGAGGUGACGGACAAGCCAACCGAAGACGUCGAGGUCACGGCCGAUAUCUCAAGCUUGCAUAGCAUGGCCGGCGUGACCACCCCGCGAUCCUUACGAUUAACGGGACACAUGGCGAGAGGUUCGGUUGAAGUGCUGAUCGACGGGGGAAGCACCCACAACUUUGUGCACCCGCAGGUCGUGGAGAGGAUGGGGCUAGCCGUGGAGACAGUGCCGCCUUUCCAAGUCUACGUGGGGAAUGGCGACUCCCUCCACUGUGAUCAACAAUGCAAGACCGUGGCAGUAACUCUCCAAGGGACGGAAUUCGUGGUCGACUUAUACAUAUUAAGAAUCCACGGACAUGAUGUGGUAUUAGGAGUCCAAUGGUUACGACUGCUUGGGCGGAUUCUACAUGACUACGAUAAAGUCACCAUGGAAUUCAAAUGGCGUGACCAGCCUGUUACCCUACGUGGGGAUACACCUGUGCCCAGGCCACUCUCUUUGCACCACCUACGGUCCUUACAGGGGAGACAUGAGUUGGAGAUUUGUGUAGAAAUUCUACUCAUCCAAGACAGUACACUGGAGAAGGACAUCUCCGAGGGAAAAGGCCCGCCACUGCCACCGAUUAUUGAGCAGAUUCUGGCCGAAUACCAGGGGUCCUUGACACUGCCCGAUGAGUUCGUGCAAGGGCAGCCACUCUCUACACCGGUACGGCUUCUUGCUAGUCGACAGGUGCUUCAAAAAGGGAAGCCAGUCCAACAAUAUUUGGUCGAGUGGUCCGACGGGUCACGGGACGACGCCACAUGGGAACCCGCCGAGGUGCUGGAGCAACAUUUCCCACAUCUCCACCUUGAGGACAAGGUGAUUCCUCAAGGGGUGGAGAGUGAUACACCCAAUGACGGCAGCAAAGGGGAGGAGCAGACUCCAGUCGUGAACGACGAAGGCAGGCUUGCAUGGGACAACGAGGAGGCACCAGGGACAACAACGGAAGGGGACGACGAGGAGACGACAGGAGCGGAGAGCUACAGGAGGGGACGUCGAGGGAAGUUCAUUGGGGAUGACAGAGUCUUUUUCAUAACAUUUAUCUAUGCUCACAAUGACCCAAAAAAGAGGAAACAUUCGUGGGAGUUCCUGCAGAAAUCUGUUACCACUUCAGCUUGGUGUGUUCUUGGUGACUUUAACACAGUUCUCCAUUUGGAUGAAAGAAUAGGUGGUAAUGCUGUUAGCAGGGAAGAGUUACAAGAAUUCCAAGAUUGUCUGAAUCACUGUGGACUGGAUGACCUGCCUUUCGAAGGACCUAAGCUCACCUGGACCAACAAUCAGGGUAUUGGGAAAAGAAUAUACUCUAAGCUUGAUAGAGUAUUAGGGAAUAUGGACUGGUUAAUAAAGUUUGAUAUGAAGAAAAUGCUAAAGAUCAGAAGGUGCUUUGAAGGAAUGGAGAUGAAGAGCCCAUACUCUUCAAAAGAUGGCUACAAGUGGUUAAUUGGGAAAAGACAAGAACCUAACUGGUCUAACAUGGUCUGGAACAAGCUAUCAAUACCCAAGCACAAAAUCAUAUUAUGGCUCCUAUGCAGGGAUAGACUCCAAACCAAGAAAAGACUUAGCAAGUUCAUCCCCAUGGACACUGCUUGUAGUCUCUGCAGUAAUGGAGAGGAAGAUAGUAUUUCAAUUGGGGCUAUGAAUGAGAAAAUGAUGAAGCUUAGACCCAAUAAGCACAGAUGGAAGAUAAACACCAUCUUUGCAGCAUGUGUAUAUGCUGUUUGGAGAGCGAGGAACUGGAAAAUCUACAAACAGAUUAGCAUUCAUGAAGAAGAUACCACCAACUGGAUUAUCUCCCAUGAUUCAAAAAGUGUAACUAGCAGAAGCUAUUACAUGCGGAUUUCUUCCAAUCACUACAAAACUGCUCAAAUAACGACGGAAAAAUUUCAUCGUCAAAACCUAAUUUCCGUAGGUGUGAGGUUGGUCCGUACAACCACCACAUACGAUAGCAGUUUUAUCCUGGGAGAAAUGUGCUCACGUGCUCCAGUACGAAAGGGCAGCAGCAAAACAGAGAAGAAAUGGGGUGAGAGCCGAGAGAAGGAAGAAGGGAGAAAAAGAGAGCUGCAGCCUUGUUUUGUGCUCCGAUCGAUGACCAAACGAGCUCCGAUUGGGAUGAAAUUUUAGUAUGUUGUUCCUCACAUCCUCUUCUUCAUAUCCAACGGUGGGAUUGUUGUUUUGACCUUUCGAUGUCGGUAAAACUGCCUAUGUUUGUUGUUGCGUUUUUAUUGGGGAUUUCUCACUCUUUAGUGAAGAUUAUUGUUGUUUCGUGUUCCAAGUUAUUACUUGAUGAUUGUGUGUACCUCUAAUUGAUUUAGAGAAGAUUCUUGGUGUACCCUCUGAUUUUCUUGGUGAUUAGUGGAAGGCUUCGUGGUUU